CUCGACCACCGAGGCCCCUGUGUAAAUGUUUGUGACAAUUAGUUUUGGAUUUAUUCUGCAGGGAAAACAACGAACAUAACCUUCCAGAAAACAGAUGGUCACGGAUAUGUUGGACUUAUUUUAACCACCUACCCCGUCCCGCUAAGUUCAGAGCCUACAGGAUGAGCAACAUGACAACAAAAGACAGGAUGACAAUUUAUGUAUAAAAAAGAAGUCAGGUCUAACGAAGCGGAGUCUACAGCUCAGAUCAUUUCAUUUUGAAAAAAGUAGUCUUAAAGAAAGGCAGGCUUGUACACAUGGCGACUACCACUACUGGAGUACAAGGCAAAGAAUCCCUUGGAUCAUGGUUCCUUGGUCCAAAAUUAGAAAACCUUGAUAUCCUACAAAAAUUGUGUGAAUCUGCAUUUUCUGAAGCUGCUAAUUUUCGACAGUGUAGACAUGCUGAAGACCUCGAAUGUAUCACCAGCGAGACCAAACGGAGUGAAACAUACUCGUAUUAUAUUGAACAGUUACAGAAAGAAUUGGCAGUAGUAUGCAAGGAUCUAAAGAAAUCGCACAACUUUGCAAGUACAAGAAAUGGACUGCCUCAAGGAGAUCGAACUCUGCCAGGGGUUGUUGGUUAUUUGGCAGCCCUGUUGUAUACUCCAAACAACAUCAUCAGCAGUCAUAGUCCAGCUGUCACGUCGAUGGAGAUUGAGGUCGGAGAACAACUUUGUGAAAUGUUGGGAUACGACUUAAAGAGUAAUCCCAAACCUUGGGGUCAUGUCACCAGUUGUGGCAGUAUCUCUAAUAUUGAAGCAUUCUGGGCAGCACAGAAUCUUAAAUUUUACCCACUGGCUGUACAAAAGGCAAUGAAAGAAUGUCCUGAGAUAGCUGACAUCAUGUUUGAAACCAAGGUUAAUCUUCCGGAAAAGACAUCGCAUCAGAAUAUUCAGGAUAUGUCUACUUGGAAUGUUGCAAACCUUGAUGUUGAUAGCAUCGUGAAUAUGGCGUCAAGUAUAAGAAGUGAUAAAUACAUUAAAAUUAUAGAAAAACACAAAGUUUCAUACCUUGGAUGGAACAGAUUCUUGAAAACGCACGGACUUAAUGAACCAGUGAUAAUAGGGUCUGCUGCUUGCCACUAUUCGUUGCCGAAAGCUGCUUCGUUGCUUGGUUUGGGUAGAGACAACAUACUUCGAAUUAAGACUGAUAGAAAUGCCCGCAUAGAUAUGCAAGAGUUGGAUAAAGUUCUACACGAUUGUCUACAACGACAAAUCCCUAUCAUCACGGUAAUGGCCAAUCAUGGCUCAACAGAAUUCGGAGCUAUCGAUCCACUCGAAGAAAUCGUUAACUUAAGAAAUAAGUACAUGGCCAAGGGUCUCUACUUUUCUAUUCAUGCUGACGCUGCCUUUGGUGGAUAUUUUGCCUCCAUGCUCAGAGAAGAUGGCGAAAAUUUGCCCAACAAGCUUCGUUCUGAUGACUACUGUGCUCAUUCUCUUCUGAGUGAUUAUGCCAAAAAGCAGUAUUCUUUUUUGAAACAAGCUGAUACCAUUACUGUCGAUCCACAAAAAUGUGGCUUCACACCCCUACCAACGAGUGUCAUUUGUUAUAGAAAUGGACUAAUGAAACAUUUUAAUAUGUUGAAAACAUCAUAUACAGAUUCAGGGAAUGAUGAGAGCACAGGAAUGUUUACCUUAGAAGGUUCAAGACAAAGCGCUGCUGCAGUUGGGGCUCUAAUGACUCAUAAGGUAAUUGGAUUACAUAAAUAUGGAUAUGGACGAAUCUUAGAACAUUGUUUGUUAGGUGCCAAAAUUAUGUUUUGUAAAUGGCUUACGCUCGCCAAGGAGGACGAUAACUUUGUCUGCUUCCCCGUCAAACCACUGCCAACUGGAAUAGCACUGGAGAGUGUCAAAUUGUUCAUCAAGAAAUACAUCGAAGGAAAACCCGCUGACAAAAUCCGAGAGAACAAAACUGCAAUGGAGUUUUUGAAACAGAUUGGUCCAGAUUUGGUCAAGAAUCCGUUUGUAGUGAAUUUCAAAACCGGGAACACAAUAAAUGAUGACGUUGGACUAUGCAAUAAGCUUAACAGUGAAAUAUUUCGUCGAAUGACAUUUACCAACAAAACAGAACAUAACAACAGAGUACCGUUGACAGUAUUUCAUACAGUGAUCGACGAAUACAGUUAUCCAGUCAUGCUCGACAUUCUGAAAGAAAACCUUAGUCUUAAAGGAAGUGGUGGUCUAGAAGCCUCCAUACAUAUCGUUUUGAGUCCCUGGUUAGUCUACAAUAACAACACAGACAUGUUUGCAUCAACAUUCCGACAGAUAGUACUGGAUUCUAUAGGCAAGAUUACAGAUGAUCCUGUUUUACAUAGUUUUAUGGCAGUAGGAAAUAUGUCGGGAAAUACAGUCUUCUGUGAUUAUAUAACAAAUCUCCAGAUACCAAGUCAUCAAUAUCAAGCAAUUGUUAAGAUGAAGUUUCUUGAAGAAUCAGAUGCUGAAGAGUUCAUGCAAAGAAAAGAAAAAUGUACAGAAAGUAAAGUUAUUAUACAAAUUGAAUCACCAGAAGUUCUCGGGAAGCUGUUAGACAACUCAAAAGACGCCCCAUUUACGGUCAGCUGUUAUUUUGAUGUUCCUUCUGCUCAAAAUCGUCCAUUUCUUUCAAAUGUCAAAGUAUUAGUCGAAGACAUUCCAUUGUACAAACAUGUUGAUAUGACUGUGGAACCUAGCAACGGACGGCAAGAGUACUUUCUGUACGGGGAUGAAAGCAGAACUCAAAUGUCGCGGAAGACCUCAAAGAUUUCAGAUUGUCUCCAGGUUGCCGUUUUGGAACAUAAGCCAAACAGGAUACCUCUACAUCUGAUCGAACAAGGGAUCGAUGUAUCGUUCUUUUUAUCUGAUAAAUCAAAACAGAAAAAUGGUUCCGUCAAAAAACCUGAACACAUCAUUCAGUACCAAAAGAUAGAUGGAACUUUGGAUACAUCAACGGUGCACAUAAAUCAAAACAUUCGACUUCAGAUUUAACAUUUAGUUCGAGGACAGGUCCAAAGACAGUUAGAUAGGGUUAUUUUAAUUGCAUUAUGUUAAUGUAAAUGUUUCUGUGCCGUUGCAAUUGUCUUUUCUUUAUUUAUGGUGUAUAUUUUGUAUAUAUUCGUGUUAAAAUUGUUAUUGAAUGACCUUUGUAUAGGGUUUUUGGUGCAGCGUACUAAAUGUGACUUACAGUUGUCCGAUGAGUCAGGGGUAUGUCAAUCAUUUUACAGUUGUUCUGUUAGUUAAUUUUAUGUAAAUAUAGCAGUUUAUCAACUUUUGCCUAAUCAUGUACAUAUUGUAUUAAUAAUUGUUAUAAGGAAAAGCCGCUUAACGGUCAUUUUCAUAAUUUAUUCGUGUUAUUGUUUUGAAUGUACAGAAAAACUUAUGUUAUUUAUAUAUAAUUAUCUCGUCUGUAAAUAAUAUUGAGAUUUCCAAAAACUAUCUAUUGCGUUUAUCAUUAUUUCGUCUAAUCCAUUUUAUAUCUAUUGCUUCUUUGCGUUGUAUUGGUUUGCUCUUAUCGUUCAUGAUGAAUAUUUACUGCUAGUGUUUCUAUUUGCCAUACUGUCUUGACAUACACGUUUUUGUAAAGGCUAUACCGAAGUGCGUUUAAUUCUCUUCGUUGAAUGUAUUUGUGUAUCUGGUCCAAAAAUAAAGACUCCAUUAUUAAUAAGUUGAAAUGGGACUUUGUAUGAUUUUUUGGAUAACUGUGUGGUCUCUUUAAUCGACACGUUGUUGCUGUUGUGUCUUUUGUCUCAUUGUCUGGUUAGAAGCUAUUUGAUGUAUUAAGUGCUUUCAAACUGAUUUGUGUUGAUUAUUCCUAUUCCUAGUGUUAUUUCAUCAGCAUGUCAGGCUAUGGUGUGUUAAAAAACUAUACUU